UGAAGAAGAGGUGAAGAAGAGAAGAUCACGGGAUUCAAGGUUUAAAGAUCGCUAUCAGCAACUCCUCCUCCUCCUCUUCUCUUCCUCUUCUAUCCUCACAUCUUCACAUCUUCACAGCAGCAGCAGCAGCAGCGGCAGAGAAGGUACAAUGACAACAACAGUCUACCCUGCCCUCGACGCCUCCUCGGCCCUCAACGAGGAGCACAAAGUAUCCAUCCUCGAACUCGCAUGGCUCCUCCGCGACCUCUCCACCACAAUGAAGUCCCUCUACGACGGCCUCGACGAGUGCAUCGCCCUCAUGCAGUCCGAUCAGCCCGGAUCUACUCUUGUGCUGUCUUCAAACCGCUCAGAGGCUCUUAAAGGCUUUGUUGUCCGUCAGGGAAAGAACAUCACCAAGGCCGAAAUCCAUCUCAAACUCUCCAGUCUCAACAAAGGCACAGUCCUCCAUCUCAUCCUCGCAGAAGGCAAAGUAAUCCCUCUCGCGCAACUCAACGACUGCACAAACUUCCUCUCAGUCUGCCUGCAAGUCGUCAAGGAAAUGGAUUUUGUCGAGCCCGCCGUCGUGCUCUCCCAGCUCCGCAAACUGCUCUCAAACAUCCGCAACGCCCACAUCUCCAUCCGCUCGGUCUCCCCCGCCUUUCAAUUCCCCUACAGCACCAUCGAUCCGGCUGUCUUUGUCUCGGAAAUGCCGCCAAACGUCGGGCUGGAUCUCAUACUAUCUGAAUCCGGCGUCAUCGCAGACAUCCGCACCCUCCAGAUUUUAGACUCUCCUCCGCCUUCCUCACAGCUCGCAAGCAGUGGUGCAUCAAUCGCUUCCACCGCCAGAUUCUCAACCACCGCAUCCUCCGUCUACCGCGGCGGCAGCACGAGCUCGCGCUCCGUCGCCGGCCAGCGCGCGUCCUCGUCCUCGUCCCGACCAACACCGCCAAACGUCGCGACAAUCUUCUCAACCACAGGCGGCCCAGGCCAAUCCCCUGCGCAACCCGCACAGGCUCAGACACAACCAUCAUCUACGACAGCGAACCCAUCCACCCCAAGCGAACUGACACGGACGACGACGAACGCAAGCGUGGCGAGCAGUAUCGCGACCGUGUCGAGCACGAUGUCGACGGCGUCUACAAAGAGCUGGUUUAGCGGCAUCAUGGGCAGGAAGCGAAUGCCGGAUCCGGCGAAUCUGUUUAUGUACCGCGGGCAGUACGUCAAGCCGCUGGAGAGAAUUACCGUGCAGAGUCUGGAUCCGGGGUUGAUGACUCUGAUCUCAAAGUUGAAUGGUGAGUACUUUUGUUGUUUGUUUAGUGAAGACAGCUGCUAAUCGUUAUUAUAGUUUUGGAGCUUAAUGUUGGACA